AUGGAUAAUGUUUCUGUUGUGAGAAUUUUCAUUCUAUCAGGGUUGAACGAGACAUACAAUUACAGAGUAACUCUCCUGACAUUCACUUCACUGUAUUACUGUGUGAUUUUGUUUUUCAAUAUCUCUAUCAUCAUGAUCAUUAUCUUAGAUCAAAACCUACACGAACCCAUGUACGUCUUAUUGUGCAGUCUUUGCUUUAAUGGACUUUAUGGGACCACAGGAUUUUACCCCAAACUGCUCUUUGAUCUGUUUUCUUCCUCUCAACAGAUUUCAUAUGAAGGAUGCCUUUUACAGGCUUUUGUCAUGUACUCAUUUGCUUGCGGUGAAUUAUCCAUUCUAGCAGUCAUGGCCUACGACAGAUACGUGGCUAUAUGUCGACCACUGCACUACCUUUCUGUCAUGACAAAGAGGAGGCUCGCUCAGCUGAUAUGUUUUUCCUGGCUAACACCUUUCUCCAUAUUCUCCAUCAAUGUUCUGCUAACGUCAAGACUAAAGUUAUGUGGUACAAAAAUUGAAAGACUCUUUUGUGUGAACUGGGUUAUUGUGAAACUUACUUGCUAUGACACUGACACCUUUUCUAACAACAUGGUUGCAUAUUUUACAAUGUUCAUUUAUGUGUCUCAUGGAUUUUUCAUUAUUUGGACCUAUAUGCAUCUUAUUAGAACUUGUGUGAGGUCGAAAGAAGAACGGGUAAAGUUUAUGCAGACAUGUGUGCCUCAUGUAGUCUCUUUAGUCACAUUCCUUUUUGUCAUACUUUUUGAUUUGAUGUAUAUGCGAUUCGGCUCCACAGAUUUGCCUCAGAGCAUUCAAAACUUCAUCGCUAUAGAAUUCCUGCUCAUUCCUCCUGUGAUGAAUCCUCUAAUAUAUGGAUUUAAACUGACCAAAAUACGAAACAGAAUUUUAAGUUUAGUUUGCUUUGAAAGAGAAUUUGCUCCUCCAUCAAAGUUUAAUCUCUAA